AUGAAGCCGGCUUAUUCUCUCCCAGAAGCCAGUCACUGUAAAGUCAAAUUCAACGGGACGAGAAUCGUCAGCUCAUGUUCUAGACGUCAGCCAAAGGUUUCCCUGUGCAGACGACCUGUUCCCAACGCUGUGCAACCCGGACAUUCAAAAAGAGUCUUGGAUAAACAAGAAUCAGGGUCCGUGCGAAAUCAGGAAAAGCAUUCCGUGUUCUACACUUUGUCCCGACACGAGGCCGUGGUGGUCGAAUAUGUUCCGGACUCCACAAUGGAUAUGUUUCAGAUUGGCCGAAGCACAAACGCUAACAUUGACUUUGUCGUUUCUGAACCUCAAAGUACUCAGUGCUCACCACAACGCACGCCCGCUUGUGGUAAACUCACAUCGCCUAAUGCUUCGGUCGGUUCACCACACAGUCAUGCUACUAGACUACCACCCGGUGCACCGAAGAGUUCCGCGCACACACACCACCGUGCGGCACCCGUGAGUGCUGUGNUGGGGUGA